AUGAAACUGCUCUUGCUGUCUACGAUACUUCAGUUGAUCCCGCUGGCUUUUCUCAUCUUGGCAUCCAUAUCUGCACCCACACUUUCUAGCAUCUACUUGGCCCGAGACGGCAAUACUGUCUACGGUAUCUUUGGUUCUUGUGAUGGCACGGGCUGUACAAAACUCACAUUGACACCCAACUUUGGUGAAACAUUGUCUUCUAAUGUUUUAUCCUCCGAUGCUAUAAAUAAACUAUCGCAAGGCUUGAUCGUUGCACCCAUUGCAGCGUUUUUGACCUUUGUCUCCCUGGUGAAAAACUUGGUGGUUGUGUUCAGCAGAAAUUCUUCAACUUUAAACAAGACAACAGCGUUAAUAUUAUCGAUAUUGGCGUGUCUGUCCUCAUCUUUUGUCUGUGUGGCAUCUUUCCUCAUCUUUUACCCCCAUGUCACUUGGUUGUCGUGGUGCUUGAUUCCUGCAGCUUUCUUCAAUUUUGAAAACUCACUUGUUGUUGCAUUAUGUUUCAGAUUGGCACAUCAGCCUCGUAAAGUUAUGGAUACCGUUUACGAUGAUGGCGAUAGAGAUGAUAGUGUGAAACUUUACAAUUACCAACCUUCAACUACAAGUACUUAUAAAAACUACAUGGAGUAUCCCGAGGUUGAAAAGAGCUCCCUUGAGAAAGUCCCAACCUUCCCAAUGACGAAAAUUUCUACACUUGCCUCUUCUGUCACCACCAAGGACAACGACGCCAUAUUUAGUGAAAGGGAAAUCAAAGAAGAGAAUGAUGCCGGAUUUGGAGAGGAAGAUACCCAAACAUUUUCUUCAAGUAGAUCCUUAAAGAUCCCACAUAUUGCAGAUCCGUACUCUGAUGGCUUAAGUGAGAAUCAUCCAAUUGAAAACGAUCACGAUAUUAAAUCUUCGGAAUAUGGUGAAAGCGUCUAUGAUAAAUCAGAGUCAUCUUCCACUUCAAACUUCACAAGUAUAUCACAGAGGCCAAUAAAUCCAAAUUAUUAUGCCGGUGCACCUCCAAAACCAGAUCCGGUGAACUACAGCAGAAAUGUUACAAAUUACCCAUCGAACCAUGGGAACUCCUUCACACAACAGCGUCCAGCUAAUCAAUUUUCAAACCAGAUGGCAGGUAUCCCUAUGCAGAAUAGGUCUGUAUACACACCAAAAUCCAGACCUUAUAUGGUGAUGGGUGGGCCGGGUAAUAAUCCAAAUAUGAAUUCUGAUUUAAGACAAAACCGAAAUAACGGUCAUCCUUAUUCAGGUCAACCACUUGGGAACACUCGACCAGUCAAUCCUUAUAUGACUAAGAAUCCUUACAUGCAACAAAAUUCACCUCAAGGUCUUAGUAGGCAACCAAUUACAAUGCCCAAUAGAAACGGUUUUGUUCCAAUGAAAUACAGAAACCGGAGUAAUUUGGGAAACUUACCUCCUUCUGCAUUAGAUAAUGAUAAUGGUCCAUAUUCAGGAUAUAUCUAG